AUGCGCUGGAACGGAUCUGGGCUUUGUGCUGCGCUGGGCCUGUUUGUUCUGUGCCUCGCUGACGCUGGCCCGUGUCAGACAGAUCCAAAGCACAGACGUGACAGAACCGGUCGGAUCCGGCAGAAGACGCACGGCACCGGCAGGGUCUGCGAUCCAUCACCCGGCAGCCAAGCAACGGGUUCUGUGGCGGAGGCCUGUGGCACAGGCUUCUACAGAGAAAGGAGAGGAACGCACAGGGGCCAGUGUGUGCCCUGUAGCUGCAACAAGCUGUCUGAGGAGUGUGACGAGCAGACGGGACACUGUGUGAAUUGCCGGUUCAACACGACUGGUGACCGCUGUGAACGCUGUAAAGAGGGUUUCUAUGGCAACGCAGCGGAGAGGACUUGCCGUGCCUGUCCCUGUCCCUUUACAUGGAACAGUUUCGCCCUGGCCUGUCUGGACGUGGGGGCAGGAGAGGUCGAGUGCUUGUGUCGUCGCGGUUACGCCGGAGCCAGAUGUGAAAGAUGCGCGCGAGGCUACUACGGCAACACGGCGGUGCCCGGAGGCGGCUGUGAGCCGUGCAGCUGCGGGGAGGGGGCGGCGGGCGACUGCGAUGCUCUGACCGGAGCGUGUAUGGCAGCAGCUGGCAGCAGCAGCUGUGGGGGUCACUGCAGAGGAUGCGACGGCUGCUCCGCUGCUUCGCUCGCCAACGCGGAGGAGCCGGAUGACGGCCUGGCGUCGCUGCAACGGCGCCUGCAGAACCCCGGUCAAGGUUCUGGUUCGCUGCUGAGGCUGAACAGGCUGAACGCAGACACCGCUGCAGUGAAGAGCGCGGUCGGGCGCCACAGCGCCGCUGUGAAACACCUGGGUCCAAACGUUGAACAGCUGGAAACAGACACGCACGGAGCCAGAUACGAUGUGAAUCGGCUCAUGGAUGAGACAGUUCAAACUGCAUCAGAUGUGGAAAAGGUUUUGCGCCGUGCAAAGGGAACAAAACUGAGGGCAGGCGACGUCGUCUCUGCAGCAGAUUCCCUCUACACUGCAGGUCAAGGUUUGAUGAAGCAGCUCUCUGGGCUCAGACCCAGCGACUCCACCGCUCCCUCUGAAAACGACGGCGUGAGGACGAUGGAGGCUCAGCACCUGAUGCAGGAAAUGAGAGGAAGGGGCUGCAGCGCUCAGAGGGACGCCGCUGGCAGCGAGCACGAGCAGGCACGUGGAUUGUUCCGCUCCAUCAGGAGCAACGUGUCGUCUGAGGAGGUAGCACGGGCUGCGUUAAAUCAAGCCGCACGGUCUUUGAUGCGCUCAGAUUCAUCUCUGAACAAAGCGGCUGAGCUGCUGUCGGCUGCCGAGGCAACGGUCAACAGGGCGAAGGGCCGUAACCGGGACGCCAUCAGUCUGCAGCAUCUUCAAACCCAGCUGGGGGCAGAACAAAGUGGGCUCCUUCCUGUGAUGGAAAUGACUCGGGAUGUGCUGCGGGAAAUCACCAACACCUUCUCAGCUCUGCGGGAAAUUACAAAAGUAAGCCGGCGCUUUUCCCUUUUUAACCAGCGUGAUUGCUCUGGACAAGUGGCUCUGAGUCUCGGUGAAUUGCAGGAGUGUGAGGCUCAUGCGGCUCAGCUGGACGGUGCCAAGCGGGAGCUCGUUAAAGCGCUAAACGAGCUAGCGCGCGCCACGGCUAGCGCGGGCGCCGUCGGCGAGGCCGGCGAGCACGCAGAGCGGCUGAAAGGAGGCGCGGCCGAACGUGCGUUUCCUAGUGGCACCAACGCCACUGAUCUGCUCCGUGUUCUGCGUAUUGGAGUUUACGACUUCAUAAACGACGUGGAAAAGGUGGAAUUGGCAGCUAAUGAGUCGAGACUGGCCGCUGAUCAAGCUUCAAAGGAGGUGGAGGACGGAGGUCUGACCAGCAGGGCCGAAGGCCUCGGAGAUAGUUCAGCUCAGUUGAAAGCAGGAGCCAUUGAGAGGGACCUUAAAAGGCUUUCACGUGCAGCGAACGCCUACAGAAGCCGGGUGAAUAAGCAGAGGAAGAAGAGCCGAUCCCUGAGAGCCGGCCUGUCAGCAGCCAGAGAGGUCAUGAGGAGCGGAGCAGGUGACGUAAAAGUUGCGAUAGAGGCUGCGAAAACGGCCGCGUCUGCGUCGAACGCCACCGUCGACGGCAUAACGGAGAGGCUCAAAGUCAUCAGCCAGGAAGUGGGACGAAUAACGUUACCCAACAUGGUCAUCGUGGUCGACGCACGAGAGACGCUGAAGCGCUUAAAAGGAGCUCUUCCUGGGUUAAAAGACAAGCUGACCCACGUGGCGGCUCUCAGCAGGAUGGCGCCCCCUACUGCCAACGUAACACAAAGCAUCUGGAACAUCAAGGACGUGAUAGAGGAGACCAGAACCGUUGUUAAUAGGCUGUCUGUCGCCACUUUUUUCAAUGGAACAAAUCACGUUGAGCUUCGCCUGCCCAGAAGUGUUGAAGACCUAAAAGCGUUCACGGCCUUUGAUCUUCUUCUGAAUCGCCACCAAAGCAAACAGGCCGAGCGCGGGCGAACGCGACGCCGGGACGCGGGCGCCGACAUGUUCGUUCUCUACCUGGGCGACAAGGACGCGUCCGGGGACUACGCGGGCAUGGCCGUCAGGAACAACGCGCUGGUGUGUGUGUACAAGCUGGGCGGCGUCGUCCACGAGAUGAAAGCAGAUCACGUAACGGCAGCUGCUCACGUCAACUCCUCUCACUUCGACAGAGUCGUCUUCCGCAGACUUUACCAGGACGCUGAGGUUCACGUCACGUACGACAUCACAUCUCCGAAGCUCCACACCCUCCACGGGCAGAAUUUUCCAGACACGAAGGCCGGCGUCCACGACCUGCGUCCAGACAGCGUGGUCUUCUACGUGGGCGGUUAUCCGCAGGACUUUACGCCUCCAGUGGAGCUGCAUUACCCCGGAUACAGAGGCGCAAUAAAACUCUCCUACAUCAAUGACAGCCCUGUUUGCCUGCUCAACUACAAACGUGCAGUCGGCGUGGAUGCGAAGCAGCCUUUUAUCAGGGUUCACCAGUCGGAGGUGUCUGAUUACUAUGACGGAACAGGUUACCGCAUGGCGUACCUGAAGGAGCCGAAGACAGAAAGCCGGUUGUUCACAUUUCACACCAACAGCCGAGAGACAAACGCUUUGUUAUUCUACAUUGGAAAUGAAGAGUCUGUCUUCUGUGUGUUUGUGGAGAACGGCUUCCUGGUGCUUCAGGGCCGACAAGCAGGUCAAGAGCUCCGAGCUCAGAGUGAUGAAAGCGUUUCUCUGUUUGACCAGCGCUUUGCAAUUCAGAUCACGGAGAGGUUCGUGGUCCAGUACGCGGUUGGCAGCACAGCGCGGCGGAUCAGCACCGAUCACGUCCCCACAGCCUACGAGCGCUACUUCAUCGGGGGUCUGCCGGCAGAGCUGAGGCACAGACACGACAUCACGGCUCCGCCGCUCAGAGGUUGCGUGGAUCACCUGACGGCGGACAGCGGCAGCGUGCACCAGUACAACAGGACGACUGGCGUCACUGGUGGAUGUCCCCUCUCGAUGCUGGGCGUCCGUGCGGCCACGCUGUCGUCGGCUCGGUCUGCCGAUCCCCUGUUUGCUUGGGAACACACGCCCGUCAGCGUCUCCAUGGGCUUCAGAACCACAGGCGGAUCAGGUGUUCUGGUCCGGAGCAGCUCUCAGGGGUCAGACUCUGCCCACGACCUUCAGCUGUCUCUGGCUGACGGCUACGUGCUGCUUAAUAGUGGGAAUUACACCUUGAAGUCUGAUAAAAGGUACAACGAUGGGAGCUGGCACUACUUAUCUGCAGUGAGGAGGCCGACGGGGCUGGAGCUCAGCGUCGACAACGUGAACGCGGCUCUGGGACCCUCGCUCCAGUCCGCGGCUGCCGAUACGAACUCUCCAGGUGAAAACUUCACAGCCUGCGUCGCUGACCUUUAUUCCGGGAUAAUGAAUAAAAACUUUGAGCAGAGCCUCCUGCCUGUGGACUUGGCUUCGUUAUCACUUGGAGGAGGCGCCGUCCUUGGCUCGUGCAGGCUCCGCCCCCUUGUAGCGGCGCCCGCGGCGAAGCCCCCUCGGGGGCACGGACCUGUGAGGAAGUCAAACCCCUCGUCUUCCUCUGCUGUGGUUGUGCCUCGGGCUCCGGCGGGCGGUCAGUGCAGAGGCGGCGCCGCUCACGACGAGCACCACCUCUACGACGAGCACAGCUGGCUCAGGUACAGCCUGCCACCAGAGGAGCUCAACCACAGGCCACACUUCUCCUUUGACUUCAAGACCAAGUCGCCCAAAGGUUUAAUCCUCCACGUGGCUGGAAAGGGAGCCGUCCCCUUGUUGGCCGUGUACAUCGCCAACGGCAGGAUCAAGAUGUCGCUGGGUUUAAACAGAGUCAUUCAGCACAACCACAGGAGCAGCGACGACAGCUGGCACAGAGUGGAGCUCAGUGUGGAGAGGAGCGCCUUUCACCUGCUGGUGGACGGGCUCCGCGUGACCGAUGGCCAGUUAAGCAAUGGUGAGGGGUCACUGCUGGAGCUGAACAACCCCGUGUACCUGGGGGGGGGUCCCGACUCAACCCUCAAGAAACACAACGUUCCCACGAACAGCGUCAUUGGCUGUAUCCGAAACUUCCGAAUGAACGACGUGGCCGUGGGGGCGCCGGAAUCCAGCCACCGGGUUUUACCCUGCGUCCAAUGGCACCAAGGGACCGGGACGUACUUCGGCGGCGGCCACAUCGUCUUGGACAAUCACUUCUCAGUUGGCUCUGACUUUGCCUUGGCCUUCGAGCUCCGUCCUCAGCACCUGACUGGGCUUCUCCUCCAUUUUCGGAGCAACAAAACAAGCCUUAAUGUGUUUUUAAUGGAAAACACGGUGGGUGUCAAAGUGAGUGAUGGUAAUGGUGCUGUCAGUGUCUCUGUGAGGCCUCAUCAAAGCCUCUGCGAUGAAAGAUUUCACACAGUCACAGUUUCCAGACAAGGUGAAGUGAUUAAGCUAGAAGUGGACUCCUUGUCUGAGCAGAAAGCAGGUCUCUCCACGUCCCUUCGCUCCUCACCACGGGACUCGCUUCACGUUGGAGGAACAGCGAAGUACAGCCGAGCCCCCGUGUCGUCACCCUUCCUCGGCUGCUUGAGGAACCUGGAGAUUAAUCGGAGGCCUGUUGCAUUUGAGGCUGAAUCCAGGGUGUUUGGGCCAGUGAGCAUUAACACGUGUCCGGUUUAUUAGUGUAAUAAUGGGAUUUGAGGGAAAUGGAACCUCACAGUAGCAGUUUUCCUAAUUGAGCGAAUGUAACAAAACAACUUUUGGUGAUUUAAACCAGAAAGGUUGUGAAAUCACUUUGAUCCUUUGAUGUGUCAAAUCCUGGCAGAGAGCUUUUCUCCUGGCAACGUUUUGUGUCGCAGUAGGUCUGACUGAGUCUAUUACUACUGCUGUGAGUCUGAUGCCUAAACUGUGCUCAGUGGAAUGAACAGUGGGUGGAUUUACCAUUGCUUCUUCUUCUUCUUUUGUUUUUGCAUGACUACAAACCUCUGUUACUGGAGUGUUACAUUCUAAACUAAACUAAAAAUGAGCAAACA